GCAGCGCAGCAGCCGCGCCCGGGAGCCUCGUCACGCGCGCUCAGGCCGCGGAGCAGGUCUGCUGGGUUUCCUUGUUCCGAUGCUACUGCAGCCUCUCUGAAGAUAAGGGGAAUAAAGAAGCCACCUCCCCGGCUGUUGUCAUCCAGCGGCAGAUUGAGCAAGAAUAUUCUGAGCACUGCGGAGAAGACAACCCAUCAAACCUCAGAUGAUGAGCAGCCCUGUGACCUGCUCAAGAAAAGGAAUAGGAUGAGUGACUGCCAUCAGAAAAGCAGCGGCGUGAGUGCUGCCGCGUCUUGGAAUCAAGUACAACACUCAAAGACUUCUUCAGGAAAAAGGCAGAGUCGAUCCCAAGGACCCCAUGUCUCCUCCCAGCUGAGAAGCAGCCUCCUUGGCAUCUCCCAGCCUGAAGAAGAUAAACUCAUGGAAACCAUCUCCAGGGAGGGAAGACAGGAGCGGACUGCGCUCAGUUCCAGGUAUCAGGCUGCCGCUGGAAGCAAGCUCUUCCUUGACUUUCAGUCCAUGAAAAUCAUUAAGGAAGGCGCUGAUGAGGACAGUGCAAGUGACCUGUCAGACUCAGAAAGAGUGGCCAUCCCUCCUUCUCCAUUCACACCUCCAGACCUCAACCUGCGAGCAGAAGAGAUAGACCCAGUUUCCUUCAAUCUUCACCCAGACCCGAGCCAGGCGGAGCGUGAGCAUUGUUACCCUGACUUUCUUCCACCUCCUUUCAGCUCCUGGGACCUCCAGGAUAUGGCUGUCAUUUUGAACACGGAGUGCAGGAGCGAGGCCUUGCCUCGGGCCACGGGAUUUCUCGGGAAAUACAUAGACAGACUUCUUCAGCUGGAAUGGCUGCAAGUCCAGACUGUGCAGUGUGAGAAGGCCCGUGCUGCCAAGGCCAGGCCCUCUGGUGCUUCUAGGGUGCUGAAGAGCCCUGGGCGGGGUAAGCUUCUUACCAGCACCCUGUCCAAGCCGCUACCUUCCCCAGAAGGGAUUUCAAAACCAGGUCCUUCUAGAAAGAAAGGUUUUCAUCAUGAAGAGGCCCACCCCUCCUACUAUGCAUUUGAGGCUUUGCCUAGAUCUCUGGAUGGGCCUGGUCGGCCCAGGCUGUGUGCUCAGAAGCAAGCCCCUGAAUUGAGGAUGGAAAAGAAAAAGAAAUCAAGCAAAGGCCCCCAGCUUCAGCAUCACGCUCCACCCUACGCUGAGGGCAACCCUGUAAUGGAAGCCAAUGGUAACAUCAGAAUCCCCAAGCAAUCCCUGGCAGUUCUGGACCCAAUGGACUCCUGCAGGGCCUCCAGGACUCAGGCCCACUUGGAUCCAAAGAAAAAAGGGAAUGCAUAUAACUGUGGUCUUGCCCCUUCGACCAGUGAGAAAAAACUCAAAACAAACGUAACCAGGCAAAGCACACAUAAGUUAAAGUGAUGUAAAGAUUUAUAAAGACCUGCAGAUGUCUGAAAAUGGGGCUCUUCCCAAAGUGAUGGUGAGCUUGAAUCCAUCUGUGAUAAGUGACUCAAGUAGCCAGCUGGCUCUUCAAUUACCCCGCCUCAACAGUUAUUUUCAGAGGGCUCACUAAGGCUCAGUAAGCUGUUCUUUGUAUAGACAGUCUUAAGCCUUGGAGGGCCCUGUCGGUAAAGUUUAACCCGUGUGUCUGUGACACAAAGAAUUGAAACAGCAGUGCCAAGCAGCCAGCGUAGACCUGGCCCCAGUGUCCCUGUCUUCGUUGUAUGGGAAACAGUUUGUACUGCUUUGUGUGAGAGAAACCCUAGGGUGGGACAGAGGAAAAGCCCGGCUGCCUUUUGCUUUUGCAUAAGCCCUCACGUAGAGUGUCUGUUCCGUCUUUGUCUCAUAUGUCCUCCCCACUCCAGCAAGCCUCAGUUCCACUCCUACAGAGCGCAAGGGUUUCUAUUUUGAGUGUCAUUUAGCUGAGCCAGUUCCUUGCCAGAGGCAAAGGCAUCCAGAUAUCUGUCUGGUGCGUUUUAAAAGACAUGUUAAGUCCAGGGGUAGUGCUACAGCUCAUUUCUGAGUUCCCUUAACUGAAGUUAACAUCAUUUAUACAUUUUCAAGAGAGAAGGUCGGAGGGCCCAACCAUGAUUGUUGCUGUGUGGCCAGAUAAGAAAGAAUGCCCGCUAGAUCUUUGGGUAACAUUGAGUGGGAAUACUGAAAUGUAAGUUGUUAAGCUUGACUAGGGACCCAUAUCCUGCUGUUCUGGGUCAAAACUAAGGGUCUAUUUCCGUUUGUAAA